AUGGUUCGUUUGGUUGGAGCCCUUUGUCAACAAAGGGAGAGAGGACCAAGUCAAACGUAUCCGAAAGACACGGCUGUCGGAGCCCUUUGUGCGCAGGGCAUUGACGAACCGGGCACUCAAAUGACGCUAAAGACUUUUCACUUGAGGUCUGGUGUGGCUGGUGUGGCACCGAUGAACCUCACACAGAUUAAAUUAGACAUUAACCGAAUCCGCUUGCUAAAACUCGAGGUGGCUGCAAAUUCUAUCCAGUAG